AUGAAAACGAAUCCAAAUGAAAAAAUUCCUUUUGUACAAUUAAGUAAGAUUAUUUCUAAUGAGCUGGUUGAUUUAAAUCCAAAACAGAUAGCUCACCAUUGGCGGAACAACCUUGAUCCUCGCCUCAGCAAAGAACAAAUCUCAGAUAAAGAGAAGUCAUAUAUUUAUUCAUGGGUCAUAACAAAUCAAAAAACUCGCUCUAUAAUUCAAUGGAACGAAUUACAAACUGAAAUGGUGACCAAAUUUGGAAAAUUCCGUUCGCGCAAUGACCUAAAAAAUAUUUGGUAUUCUAGGAAACGGCGCCUUGAACGAUCUGGAACUAAAGUUCCUAAUAAUGAUAUUGAUAAUCAUAAAGCUAAAAUUUCUUAUAUUUUAAAUUGA